AUGUUUGACUCGCCAAAGGAGACCGCAUCGCUGGCCGGCAUCGACACAAGCUUCCAAACCGCCAUCGACCAAGGCAAGAUCAAUGGCGCCAUCUUCUUGGCCUCCAACGCCAAGGGCGACUUCACCUACACCAACACCAUCGGCGAGCGCACUCUCCUGAGCGGCGAGAAACAGCCUCUGCAGGCUGACAACGUCAUUUACCUCGCUUCAGGGACCAAGAUCAUCGCCGCCAUCGCUGCGCUCCAGUGCGUCGAGGACGGAUUGAUUGCGCUCGACACCGAUGUCUCCUCCAUUGCGCCGGAGCUUGCGAACAAGCAAAUCAUCACCGGAUGGUCUGAGGAGACCGACACCCCCAUUCUAGAACCGGCCACGCGGCCUAUUACCUUUGAAAUGCUCCUAAAGCACACCUCCGGCAUGUCCUACCAUUUUUUCAAUCCCCUCCUCCUGAAAUGGUGCAAGAAGUACGACCAGCUCGAGGAGGGCCAGACCCGCCCCGUCGAGGAAGCCUUUGCCUAUCCCCUCACCUACCAGCCCGGUGCCGGGUGGAUGUACAGCCCGGGGCUCGACUGGGCCGGGCGCAUCGUUGAGCGUCUCACGGGCAAGACGCUCGGCCAAUUCGCACAGGAGCGCAUCUUCGAUCCUCUCGGCAUCAACAGCGCCCAAUUCCAUCCCGUUACGCGCGAGGACCUGCGUGCGCGGAUGGUGGACCUCAACCCGAACGACCCCAACGGCGUCGGGAUUGCUGUGGUGGGAAGCGGGGAGUCAAAUAAGCGCAGCCGGGGGGAUUUCGGUGGCCACGGUCUGUUCAUCGGCGCUUCCGACUACGCCAAGGUGAUUCACGCGGUUCUGGUCAAUGACGGGAAGCUCUUCAAGCCCGAGACAGGUGAGCUUAUGGUCCAGGACCGGCUUACUCCCGAGGAGGCGGCCGGGCACCAAGCCGCGUUGGCUGGUCCCAUCGGCCCCUUCUUUCGCGUGGGUACCGAGAAGAAGGCAGGCUAUGGUCUCAGCGGCCAUGUCAAUCUAGAGGAUGAGGAUGGGUGGUACGGGGACCAUACGCUGUCCUGGGGUGGUGGCAUGACGCUCGCCUGGUUCGCCGAUCGGAAGAACGACCUCACCGGUGUCGUCGCCGUGCAAGCUACGAUUCCCACCGACGUCCCCGUAGUCACCGAGCUGAAACAGGUCUUCCGAAAGGAUAUCUAUCGCAAGUAUGCGGCAUGGAAGCAGAGGCGGGGUAGCUGA